GAAGGAUGGAAGUCGGGAAUGUGGGCCAGGGUGCGUGCGUGCGUGCGUGCGUGUCUGUGCGUGUGUGUGUGUGUGUGUGUGUGUAUGUGCAGGAACUGCCUUUAAUGUUUUGAAUGCCUGCGCUCAGUGGUACAUGCUAACUUAGAGAGGUGCACAGAACCCCGAGAGACAAAAGAGAGUAUGGAAACCACUGCAACCCUCAUGAUUUUGUCUUUGAUUCUCUGCAAUAUCACCAUAUCUGCUGCACUGCACUGGAGGAAAGCACUGUACCCAUCUGCCUUCAGGGUGAAGAGAGGAACUCCGGCUUUACUUAACCCCUCAAUUCAAACAUCAGUGGAGGAUGCCAACCUGCUCUACGAAGUGUUGUGGUCAGGCCUGUCUGUGGAAGCAGAGAAAGGUGUGCUUCGUGUGACUGACAAAGAGCUGGCAUCUCUACGGAGGCUGCAGUCCCUGGAGGUUGUGUGUGACGAUAUUCUUCCAAGGACCCUGUCAGACAUCCGUCGUCUCUGCUACCACCUGGAACAACGCCAUGGUCACUUAAACAGGGAAGACUUUGAGCGCACACUACUCACAAUGGUGUACACGUCGCAGCGACUUGCACAGACCACUCCAGGCCACCAGAGGGAGUUGUGGGCUGAUGCAUUGCUUCAGCUCUAUAAAGCCAUAAAAGGAGAUUUGAGAGCAGAGUAAGGAUAUUUACUGUGUUUUUCUUUAAUCUUUCAUUAAAGAUUGUUUUACCCAUAGUUUAUUGGUAGAUUAUUCAUUUUCAUUUUCAUUUAACUUUCAUUUGUAAGGUUAAGAAAGGGCGAGCAUUAGUGCCUGUAAUAUUAAUUUUUCUUAUGAAUCGUUUAGAAAGUCGUGAGACAUAUGUCUACGCUAAAUAAAACUGGAAAGUUUAAUGCCAGACCAAAUCCAUUAUAAUCUGUGGGAUGCUACGUCAUACUUUAUUAAGAAAGUGAAUUUCACUGUGGAAAAAAGAAAAAACAGAAAGACAGAAAAAAUACAUGUAUUUUUCCCCCAACAGUGUUGGUCAAAUAUUGCAAUAUUAAUAUUGUUCUUAAUCCCAAUCAAUUCUUUGACCUUGAGAAGUGUUGAACAGAAAAUUUCUAACACCUUGUGUCAACAAUAAUACACAACAGAACAAUGCCAUGUUUGUAUUUUUAUAAAUAUAAAAUACUAAAUGUCUCAUGCUUGCAUCCUUUCAUAUGUAAUAUUCAUUACAAUAUGUCAUGUACCACAUAUUGUGUCUGGUUAUCAAAUGUGCAUAUGUUAUAAAAGCACUA